UAUGCUAAUGAGCAGGUGGGUGACUGGGGAGCUCUGCUGCUUUGGGAAAGGCUCAGUGAACUGUCUGCCGCGCUGGGUCUCAGUUUUAUAGUUCCAGUUUUUGUGCCUGUGAGUCCAUGUCCUCCCCUGCGUCAGUCCGGUGUAUUUUGGAGUCGGAGCUAUCUCAGCACCGCUCUAAGGAGUCGUGCUGGGUGCUUGUGUCCGAUAGGGUCUACGAUGUGACGGGAUUCCUCAGAAGACACCCAGGCGGAGAAGCUCUGAUUUUGGGCCAGGCAGGGAGCGAUGUGAGCCGGGAGAUGGAAGGACCUCCACAUCGGCACUCGAAGAAUGCCAGGAAGUGGAUGGAGCAAUAUUAUAUAGGAGACCUGGUAAAGCACACUGCAGAGCCACAGACGGUGCGAGAAAGAAGGAAAGCCACAGAGUCAGAACAGAUGAAGGAAGACCAGACAGGAGCCAGCAGGUGUAGCAGCGUCAACACAGAGACGGACCUGGUGAACUGGACAAAGCCCCUGCUGUGGCAGGUAGGACACCUGGGGGAGAAGUAUGAUGAGUGGGUGCACCAGCCCGUCGACCGGCCCAUUCGCCUCUUCCACUCUGACUUCAUCGAGGCCUGCUCCAAAACCUCCUGGUACAUGGUCCCUGCAGUCUGGUUACCCAUGGUAUUAUACCUGAGCUGGUACUGCUUUACAUUGCUGGCCCAGGGAGAUACAAGACUCUUCACUACUUUUACAUCAGAGUACACUAUCCUCGUGCACAAGUACAGCUUCCCCUUCUUGUUCCUGCUGGGCAUGUUCAUCUGGUCUCUAGUAGAGUACCUUAUCCAUCGCUUCCUCUUCCACAUGAGACCUCCAGCCAGUAAUUAUUACCUCAUCACAAUUCACUUCCUCUUGCAUGGCCAGCACCAUAAGUCCCCGUUUGAUGGCUCUCGUCUGGUCUUCCCUCCAAUCCCGGCCUCCUUUGUAAUAGGGGGUUUCUACAUCCUCGUCCGUGUGUUGAUGCCCUUGGGCAUGGGCCUCUCUAUCUUUGUGGGGGGACUCUGUGGCUAUGUGGUUUAUGACAUGAUCCACUACUACCUGCACUAUGGUUGCCCAAAAAAAGGAAGCUACAUGUAUGGGCUCAAGGCCUACCAUGUGAAACACCACUUUGAGCACCAAAGAUUGGGUUUUGGAAUCACCACCCGUUUUUGGGAUCACCCUUUCAACAGCCUUAUUCCAGAGGAGACCUUCGGGAAAGAUCACUGACUGCCAGGGACUGUGCCUCCUUCUCAAGCCCCUCCCUCCUCCAGACCCUCCUAGCGACUCGUCUCACUGGGCGGGCAUCCCUAAGAGCUGGACCAGGGAGGAGAUACCCAUCUAUGUUCUGUUCAUGCCUUUGCAUUUACUACUUUCUCCUGUCUCAAAUGCUUCCUCUUCUCUUUAUCACAUAAUCACUUUCAAUCCUAGCUAACUCCCAUCCACUGGGGUCUAAUAUUAUAUUUAUUGUUAAAAAUAGUUUUCUUUAUAAUUAUUUUUGUUUACAGUACUGUUAAAGUUUCAACACUGAACCACUGGGUUACACAUGAGAGUACAAACGUGAAAUCACUCGAAUAUAAAGGUAUGGUGGUGGUGGUGAAUCUGGACACAUUGUUAAACAGGAAGUCAGCUACCCUGUAGAUAAAGAACUCUGACAACUGCUCUGCAACAUGGCUUUAUACAGAAAACAAGCAGUACCAAAGAAACACAACUCUGAAGGCUAUGCAGGAUAUGUGCCAAGUUUCUGAAUUCUCAGGGCACUACAUGAGAGCCAGCCCGUGUUAUGUCAACCACCCAAAAAAAAAGAACUGAUACCCAUGAUAUAGGGCAUUUCUGACCAAUCUGUUCAUGUAUUUUGUUUAAUUUAAGAUGCAUUAUGUUCUACUGUUUGGUUAUAUCUUUUAGACUUGCCAAAAGUGCACAGACAAUAGUCUACUGAGUAAGAUUGAAAGUAUAGCAUGUUGAGCAGUACUGCUGUAGAGCAUACACUGCAUCUUCUGUUAGGCUGCAGCAGAAUGGCAUCAUUACUCUAUGUGGAUGUGCGUUUCCCUGAAAGGGUGUCUACUAAGAAUUAGGGAGGGUGUGCAACCGUCGGAAAUUAGAAGCCAUAACAUCUGUGGAUAUUUUUGGGAGACAUUCUGCAGAGACCUGCAGAGGACAUGGAGUCUGAUGUAGUUAAAUCUCCUUUAUAUAAAGUAUAGGCUAGUUUAGCCCACUAUACCCCUGAAGGUUGAGGAGCUGUCUGUCCCCAACACUGCAUUACAUCUAACUUGAAUUACAAAAUGAUGUGAAAGUGUUUUUAGGGAAAGUGGUGGCUUGAACUAUUUUAUUUCUUAUAUACCUUUAUUGUUUAAUUGUUCAGGGUAUUACUUCUUCAGGCAAGAGGUAGUCCUAGGUAGCGGCUCUUAGAGAAAUGCUAUUGCAGGGAAAUUGACACAAAUGGCUGACCCCUCUGCCUGCAUUGGAUUUGAAUGCAAGGUCGUUGCAGUUGCUUAUUGCAGAAACUGAACAAACAAAAAACAAAAAUGUCCACAGGUUUUUAUUUCUUUGUCCCGAGUUUUAUAAUGGCAAAUAAGCUGUAAAUGAAAUUGUUACUUAAAUCUUAAACUAAAUUUGAAAGCGUUUCAUGUGUGAUGUGUUUCCCAGUGAGGACUGGACCUUGCAUUGUUCCUUUUCUCUAGUCAUGCAUCCUCUGCUAUACUUAGCAUCUGCUUAUUAGUCAAACUGACAACAUUAGAGCAAAUUGAAUGGAGGAGGGGCAUAAGAUGGAAAUAAGAUGAAAAUAUCCACAUAUUUUUAGUAAAAUAAAAAUAUAGAAAAUGGGCAAAGUUAGGAAACAGCCAGGCUGAGAUCUGAGAAGUGGUAGAAGAUUUUAACCUGAAGUUCACUUACAUGCAUGUUCAGUGCAAAGUGAGAGUCUACCUUUACACCAUUUUCAAAACCAAGCCUUCAUCUUUAAAUCAGGGCUAACCAAGCUCUAACAUUAAAAACAAAAACAAAACAAACAAAAAAAACCUUUCAUAGUGGAUUUUUGGUUGUGUACAUUUCCAAAAGCUCUAUUGUAAAUGUAUGUCAUUUGUCAACAGCUUCACAUCACUUUCUGAUAAUCUGUUUACUACAAAAUAUUUUUU